UGUUCUCACUUUGAUAAAUUUCGUUUUGCUUAAAUUACUUAAGUCUUAUAUAAAGUGGAUUCAAACAAUUUAAAGACACAGUUUUCAUAGAAACGGAAGAUGAAUAAGCUACUGAUAUUUUCUUUCGUGGUCAUCUUGGUGAUCCUGGCUGUUGAAUCUCAAGAGGAUUGCGGAAGAUUUCAGUGUGAGGCAGAUGAAUGCUGCAUCAGAGGCAGAAGAUGUAGACCACUACUAAGAGAAGGACAAAUAUGUGGUAUCGGUAGCCAAGAAUCCACAUUACGCUGCAAAUGUGCUGCAGGAUUAGAAUGCACUGGAAGAGUAAUCAGAAGAUGCGCUAAGCCGGAAGCGACAACACCGGGCACGAAUUCAACAUCCUCUGGAUAAUCUAACGCAUACAAAACUAGGGACAUGCAAUGGCAGCAUACGUUAGUGUCCAAAACUAGGUUAAAACAUUCAGAAAAGCAUCUAAGGAAAUUUUGAAAUUCAGCUACUUUUAAUUUUGAACGGAUUGCAAUGGAAAAAGUCAAGUGAUUCGUCGAUAAAGUUAGUUCAAAUAAUAAAGCCUUUGAUGCAAUAUAGAGAAACAGCACUCAAAAUUUUGUAUACAUGAAUAAAUAAAUAAAUAUGUUGCUUUGAA